AUUUCAGAAAUCAGUCGGGCAGCAAGUGUCGUGGUUCAAUUGUGCAGUGUUGAAAAACCAAACUAAAUUCCAAAUCGGCUCAAAAAAGUGCUAAAAGUCGUAUCAAUAAACAAACAAAUUCAAAAAGGGCAAUCCCUCGAUAGCAACCCUCAGUGUUUCAAAAGUGUUCAAAUUAUACAAUUGUGGCACCGCAUCACCAAAAUCAGCGACUGCCUUUCUGCAUCACCGUCGUUUCCAGGAAAAAUUGGAGAAAAACAGUGCAAACGACACUGGCCUGCAGAGUCAAGGUUGUGCAGCUGGAGGGAGAAGAAGCAACUGCAGCAGUCGCAUAAAUUCGAAAAUAAUACAAACUGCAGCAACAAUACACGGAUCUUCAGCAGCCACAACCGGUCAAGCUGCAACUUUACCCAUUGACCCAGCAGCAACAUCUGUAAUCAAAAGCUGAGCCCCAUCACCGGAGUCUUCUGAAGCAGCGACAGCCUCCAGAGCUAUUGCCACUGCAACAGCAACGGCGGCAUUAACCAGCAGCAACAUCGAACAGCUCCGUCCAUGGGCGCCGCGGCAAGCACAGUCCGGUGAAAAUGGACAAAAGCCGCGCGAGGCUGCCGCCGAAUUAGCAGAGAAGCCGGAAAAUCCACACACGGACGGGCAGUGCAAAUAUUUGCCAGGCUCCCACAAAUAAAAAGAGGAGAACACACUCAACAAAGGCGCCCACCAAAAAGGGAAGCUUUUUGCGACAAUAGCAAGGGAAUUAGCCACAAAAGAAGGAGCAACCGGGUCCAUUAAGACAGCCAAGCUACCAAUCAUCCAACCACCCGUCAGAUCCCAUCCCGGCCAGACAAGGUCCACUUAAAUGACCGAAUCCACACAGCUGCAGACGGCGGAGAACAACAACGCGGGCGUGGUCAAAAUGGAGCCCCCGCCGCCGGCGACCUCCUCCGUUUCCGUGUCCGCCGCCGCAGCCGCCCACGCCCUCUCCUCCCUCUCCUCGCUCUCGAUGGCCGCCACCGGAUCCGCCCUUUCGCCGGCCACGCCCCCGCCCUCCCUGAACCUCUCGCACCAGCAGCAGCACUCGCAGCACCAGCAGCACUACGCCCUCAAGUGGAACGACUUCCAGAGCUCGAUCCUCAGCUCCUUCCGGCACCUGCGGGACGAGGAGGACUUCGUGGACGUGACGCUGGCCUGCGACGAGCGCUCUUUCACAGCCCACAAGGUCGUCCUGAGCGCCUGCAGUCCCUACUUCCGCCGCCUGCUCAAGGCCAAUCCCUGCGAGCACCCGAUCGUUAUCCUGCGCGACGUGCGUUGCGACGAUGUGGAGAAUUUGCUAAGCUUUAUGUACAAUGGUGAGGUGAAUGUGAGCCACGAACAGUUGCCCGACUUCCUGAAGACCGCACACCUGCUGCAGAUUCGUGGCUUGGCGGAUGUCAAUGGUGGUUAUCCCUACUCGAAGGCCUUGUCCGCCGCCUUGAGUCAGAACAACAGCGGCAGCAAUAAUAACAACAACAACAGCAGCAACAGCCUGACCAACAACAACAAUAACAAUAUAGCCGAGAGCAGUAACCACAACAAGAUUAGCAGUUACUUGCCACCCACUCAAGCGAGUGCCGCGAGCAACAACAAUGGCAACAGCAGCAGCAGCAACAACCACAGCAGCAACAACAGCAGCAGCAACAACAUCAGCGGGUCCCAGAACAGCAGCCUGAACUCCCCCUUCAGUGCGCCGCAGGUACCGCCAUCGGUUACCGCCUCGAGUGCAGCGGCAGCAGCAGCAGCGGCCGCCUCGCUCACCGCCGCAGUUGCAGCAGCAGCGGCAGCAACGGCCAGCAGCAGCAGCGCCAGCGGACAGAGUGGCGGUGCGAGUGGAACGCCCGCCAUCCAGGAGCUGAAGGCAUCGUCCGCAGCGUCGCCCGUAAGAAACCCGAACCCGAAUCCCAAUCCCAGCAAAGCCAGCAGCAGCAACCACUGGGACAUGGGCGAGAUGGAGGGCAGUCGGAAGAGCCACCUGACGCCGCCCCCUCAGAAGCGCAUCAAGAGCGCCGAUUUGUUCCGAGCCCAGCAUGGCAUCAGUCCGGAGCGAUUACUGCUCGACCGCGAGUUCCCCGUAGCCGGACAGCACCCCCUCACCCGGAACAGGAGUGGUCGGGACACAUCCAAGGAUCGGGAGCGCAACUUGGAGUUGAGGGAAUCGCUUCUGGGACAGGCUCUGGAAAACAGCAACGGACAGCAGGCCAAUCAGAAACACGACCUGGGCCAAAGCGCAGGAGAGGAUUCGAACAGCAGUGACACGGAGCCCUCGGAUCGGGGCGAUGGACAGCACGACGGAACCCUCGACGGCAUCGACAAUCAGCGCUCGCACUCGUUCCCCAAUGCAUUCCUCGGACUCCAGGGCAUUCCCGGGCUUCUGCCAGGACCCUCCGGCCUCAACAGUGACUUCGGCAAUUUUCUGAAUGCCAAGAGCGGCAUCAAGCAGGAGGUGAUGGAGCCGGAAACGGAAGAGGAUGUAGUGCAGCAGCAGCCGCACGAGGCCCAUGCUGCCGACCGUCGUCCUGCGGCCAGCAAGCUGGCCAAGCUGAUGCAGCAGCAGCAACAGCGCCAGCUGUUCGACCAGCGGCGCAGCCACCACCAGCCGCACCACCAUCACCAGCCUCACCAGCGCCACCACCACCACAACCACCAUCGAAUUAAUAACAACAACAACACGAAGAAGAACCGCUCGGCCAACUCCUCGCCCACGCCCUCGGCCCGCUCCUGGAACGACAGCGAGGAGGAUCAGGACAUGGACUGCAGCAGCGGCAACCACAACCAGCAGCAACAGGCGCAGCAGCAGCACAAUAGCAACGAGGACGAGGACGAUCGCUCCUCGUCGGCCUCCUCGGCCAUCUCCCUGACCGUGAAGCGAACGCGCCAGGAUAGCGAGUCCACGCUCUACCAAACGCUGCUCAUGAAGCAGGAUCAACACCAGCAGCAGCAUCAGCACCAGCAGCAGCAGCAACACCAGCAGCAGCAGCAAUAUCUGGACGAGUUGCAGCAGUCUCACCAGCAACAGCUGACGGCCAAUCUGUUCAUGGCCAGGACAAUAGCUCUGAGCAGGUCCCGGGAUUUUCCGGAGCUCUUUCAAAAUACGAUUGCCGCGGCGGCGGCGAAUGCGACCGCUGCAUCGUCCAGCCCUGGGAACAAUGGCAGCGGAGCGGUGAAGGUGGCAGGACCAGGCCCUGGACCAGGACCCUUGCCGGGAAGUGCGGCCCCAGUGGCUGUGGGAAGCGGAAGUGGAGCGGCAACCGGAGCCGGGAGCAGCAACUACAUGCUGCCCUGUCCGCUGUGCGAAACGCCGCUGGAGCAGCGCGUUUUCCGGCAGCACCUGGACCGCCACUAUCCGCGCGACAGCCCCGUCUGUCCGGUGAUCGAGUGUGGCCGCCGCUUCGCGCAUCCCAACUCCGUGCGGAACCACAUGCGGAUCAAGCACACCCUGCAGUGGGCCAAGAUGAAGGCCAUGCGAUCCUCGGGCGGCCCCUUCGCCGGCGGUCCCGACUUCAAAUGAAACUGCGAGGCCGUGGCCUAAUGGUACUCCGCGUAGUCACGCUAAAAGCUUUCUAGGUUGCUGCUUCUCAGUUAGUCAAUGGCGACAAUAAAUCGAAUCUAACUCGCAAUCCAAGAGAAUUAACCCAGUCUCGAGACACUCGCAAUCUAUCGUAGAUAGCCAAAAGUAGUCCAAGUCCCCGUCGGAGUCCACUACGAGUAUAAUUAACACUAACUGUAAGCGCACGAGAGAUCCUUGCAACGUUAUCUGCCCGCCAGUCAGCCCUCGAAGCCUUCCCAAGAGCAUUCCUUACCUAAAAGUAUUAGUUUUCGCCAGAAACAGGUUUCAGUCAGCGCGAUUCAUAAAGGUUAAUUUCGAGUGAACUCAAAAUUUGUUGAAUUGGGGUAAACAGUCCAAUGUGUUCAUUUCGGACAUUCAUUUUGGGGAAUUCAUUUUUCCAUGAAACGAAUUCAUUUAAUUUCGAAUUAUUUCUAUGUUCAUUACGUGUUUAGAAGUAUUCAAUUUUGUCAAGAGCUGGUUUCAUUUAAAGGGGUUCAUUCAGAAAGUUAAUGUUUCCAAUUGGGAUGUUCCUUUAUAUGUAUUCAUUUGGGACUUUAGAUUUAGGGAAUUCAUUUUUCUGUGCAAAAUAUUAAUUAAAUUUCUGAUAAAAAUAAAGAGAAGGCAAUGGGACUCCAAAAAGGUUUAUUCAAAAUAAACUGUGGAGAGAUUCGAGAGAAACUACGCAGCUGGCGGCGGUGGAUGAACGCUUUGGGUUAGAGGAUACUUACAACAAUUAUUACGUUCCUAUAUGCGAUAAAGAAUACUACAAAAGCAGACACCUACAGCUCUGAUAUGUUUACGUAAGGCAAAAGCAAAUCUCAAACUUUGAAUUCCUUUAAUUAGCUGAGCGAUACGGAAAGUGUGUAGGACUCGACUCCAGUAACGCUCCAGUAAAGCGUGUGCAGUAUUAAAGUGAAAAGCUAACGAAACCGAAGAACUACACAAAAGAUGAAUAAUAACAUUAAUUCAUAGAGUUACAUAAGCAAAAUACGUAUGAUUAAGCCAUAGAGGGUGAGACAACUAUGUAGAUAAAGAGCUAACAACCAGCAAACAAAGAAACAUGAUAUAUAGAAGAUAUAAUGUAGUUAUUAUGAAUAUUGAUACUGAAACAAAAUAGAAUGUGCCUGCGUAAUAUAUUUUUAGCCAAAACAAAAACAAAAGGAAAUUAAACGAAAAACUGAAACACAAGUAAACUAAAGUUGAGCAUUAGAGAGAAGGAAAACGAAAUACCAAAAUCUGAAAUCGAUUUGUAUUAGAGAAAGUUCAAAAUUCAAGGAGAUAUUUUUUGUUGAUUACCUUAGGUUGAGUGAACUGUAAUUCGAAUCAAUUGGCGGCAUAACACUCCAAGAGCAGACAUACGUAAAAGGUUCCUAUAAUGUUAAUCAAAAACACUAAAACUAUACCGAAGCGCCAGUAAACCUGGCUGAAAGAGGUCUGUCGAGAUUGCUUCGAUAUUGAGUAAAUAUAAAUUCUAUUUCGAAGCGGGCAAUUUUACAAUUGUAGUUUAUAAAGCCUGAAGAAAAACAAGCAGCCGUAAGUACAGCGAUUGUACAACAGUUUGUAUGCCAUUUUAGUUUGCAAAAUUGUCUGAGGGCAAAAACAAAUGUAUCUAGUACGAGUAUCUUGUAUCGGCCUUGCCUGGAGGAAUGUUUGGAGGCGGCAAAUCUAUUUUGGUGAACAAUAAAGAGCAAACGAAGA